AUGGUGGCCACUCUAGGAUUUGCUGACACAGUUCGGCUCAUUGUUCUGUUGUACUCUAUUUUCUACAGAACUUUUGCACAGGAGGAGGGACCAGAAGGGACAUCAGCUGAAAAUUUAUCCUGUGUCAUUUACACUGUUCAUGUUACCUCAAUGGAUUGCACUUGGGAAGCGGGCAGGAAUGCUCCUAAUGACGUCCAGUAUUUUCUAAACUUGAUAUAUUUCGAAAACGAUGGAGAAAGCAUUGAAUGUCCCCAAUACAAAAAUAAUGAACUUGGAAGACACGUUGGGUGCCAUUUUCCUAAUAUGAAAGUUCCUGAGAAUCAUAUUACCCUCCAGGUGACUGGCUCAAGCAAAGAAUCACCAAUUCAGACUUUGGAUCACCAAGCCUGGCCUUUCGAUUAUGAAAAACUUGCCCCACCGCAAUAUAUCACUGUGAAUUGUCGUGAACUGCUGUUGUAUUGUAAAGUAGAAUGGAAACCCCCUCCAACUGCUACUACAAAUGCAGAUUACUGUUUUAAGUACCAGAUAAAGGAUGAACUGAGAAAUGGAAUUAUAACAGAAAAAACGGGGAAAACCUACCACUUGUUUCCAAAGGAUAAAGAAUACAUCUUGAAGCUUCGUGCAGCUGGACAGUAUUGCACUGUUGGAGAAGAAUGGAGUGACUGGAGUGAACUAAUUAAGUUUGGAUGCAGAAAGAAACCAGGAAAGAAUACAUACACCUGUGAAGAAGGUUAA